AUGUCAAAACCGCCAGAGCCCAAAGAUCGAGAUACGGAGGCCACUCUCCCAGAAUACACCGAUAGCGUUUUGCAAGAUAAAACUCACAAGCGUCUCCUGGACGCCGAGCCUGAUGAGGACAGCUCCUCGCUGAGUGAGUCAGACAAACCUCC